CAAUUAUUUUAAAUUUAAAAGCGUACGAAAUUGUAUAAACGUAUUACGUUGCGCUGUGCUCGUUUACAUACAUCGAAAGAUUGCAAGCUCCUGAAAAAGGCAAGAGAAAGGGCUGUCACUUCAGUUGGGACAGAUCGAAAAACUGGCCGCCCUGUUGUGAAUAACGCAUCAGAUCCUCGGUGAGUGAGCCAAAACAUUAGCGCGGCGCCAAGGUCACGAGUAAGAAUGAAUUGUUGGUAGCAUGUUGGGUACACACGCUAGUCGGAUGGCUUAUUAAAAUGUAGCCAAAUACCGCAUAAGUAUGCCUAUAUUUUCCAUUUUGUCAGCUACCGCGAUGUAGAAGUUGGCCAGUCAUCGUCGAUAGCUCAAAGUAAUCGCAAGUCUCUCGGGUGCGUUAUCUCGCGACUCGCUCAUGCAGUCUACCUUAUAAAUAUAGCUGCGAGGAAGCGCGUGUGAGAGUGAUCAGCAGUGACGGCCAGCUGAUAGAUUAUGUGCACAUGUUCGAAGCAGCCUCUCAGUUGACGUAUUAUGCUUUUCGCUGCUCACUGGUGCCUUGCAGAAGAAAAUCCUCGAAAUCCCAAACGCUUUAUUUGUUCAUUUAUGAUAACGUAAUUCGACUGAAUUCCACCACUAACGAUUCAACGGGACUUUGGGAACUCUGCGAGUAAAUCAAGUGUUCGAGCGACUUUGCCAAACAUCAAUCGUCUGGUGAAAUCGAUCGCGACGUUACGCAAUAAAAGUAUAUGAUCAAGUGCGCUUCAAUUAUCUGCGCUGGGUUCAGUUCCUGCGGGCUGCAAGCUCAGCUUACUAGCUUUCGAUUGAGUUUAUUGUGCAUAUGCAGUAUCGGUGCAGUCAUUGUCAGCUUUUAUUGCGGAUUAUUUUACAAAUUGCAGCACAGCCAUAUUUUUCACAAACUCUGGCCAUUCUCGUUUUUUUCGUUUGAUCUGCUGAUUCAGACCAUUUCAAGAUGAGAGUUAUCCUAGUAAAAUUUCGAGAGGUAACCAAAAAAUACCCCGUUGUAAGAGGUAUGGCAUCUUACACAGUCAUUUGGCCAGUUGCCAGUCUCAUUCAACAAAAAAUCACAGGCAAGGAACAGCUUGAUUACAUGCAAGCACUAAGAUUCAGUAUAUAUGGUGGAUGUUUUGUUGCUCCAACUCUUUAUUGUUGGCUCAAAGUUGCUUCGCAUUUCUGGCCCAGAUCUGAUCUCAAAUCAGCCAUAACUAAGGCUUUGGUAGAACAAGUGACGUACGGGCCUAGUGCAAUGUGCUGCUUUUUCUUUGGAAUCAAUUUUUUGGAACUUAAACCAAUUUCAGAAUGCUUAAAUGAAGUUAAAGAAAAAUUUUGGCCAACAUAUAAGGUGGGAAUUUGUGUUUGGCCUUUUCUACAAACAUUCAAUUUUUUGGUUGUGCCAGAAAUAUACAGAGUUGUUUAUGUCAGCAUAUGCAGUCUUAUGUGGACAUCUUUCCUUGCUUACAUGAAAUCUGUUGAAAGUAGAAGAAAUUCUUUAACAAAUGGUGAUGAACCUGAUAAACCAAAAUUAGAUGAACCUUUUAUAAGCAAUAAAAUGGAUGCAAAGCAGAAAGCAUUGAUAGAAGAAGAAACUCACAGAUGGACAUCUGCUUUACAUUGAAUCUUUAGACCAAUUUUAAGCAUAAAAAUAUUUAUGCUGUAGAUAGAUAGUGAAAUUUAUAUUUAUAUUUUGUUACUCUAUUAUUUUAUUUGCAUAUUUGAAAGGCUAAGCUAAUUUACCUUUUUCAAAGUUGUAUGACUUAUAUUACAAAAUGUUUAAUUGAUUUAUAAGAAAACUAAUGAUUUUUUAAAAUUGAAAGUAAUUGAAAGUAUUUUAACAGGGUUAUUUUCUAGCCCUUAUUGUAUAUAAAAUUAUAAUGUCAACUCAGUAUCCAAAAAAGUAAAGUUGGUUUAUCAAAGUAAAUCAACUGAAAGAUACUGUGCUAGCUAAAAUUAUUUUUAUAACAAGUGUAUAUUUGAACACAAAAAUAUGCGUACUCAUAUAAAUAUUUGUAUGCAUGACUGUAAAAAUUGUAAGUGUUAUCUUGAAUAAUGAUUCUAUUUUAACACUUUUAAAGUAAAUACGAAAUUAUUGUCUCUCUAUAUUCCUGGUAAUACAAAAUUGUUUACCCUUAUGAAAGAUAGAAAAUCAAACAAUAAAUCAGAGACUAUUUGACAAAA